CACGUCUGGUCGCAGCCUUUCAUACCUCACUGACAUCGACCACUACCUCCAUUAUUACUCCCUGCUGCCCGUACCGAGCAUUAUCAUUAUUCUUGAAUCAGAGGCGGAGAGAGAAUUUAGGGAUUCGCCGGCCGUUCUCGGAGCUUUAGCAUCCGGCGAUGACGGGUCGAUAAAAUUUCAAGAUUUUUGACCUGGUAUCAGUUCCGAGGCUUUAGCUUUCUGGGUCUCGAGAAAGCAUGGGGAUUCUUCUGGACGACGUCGUUAUCAUCGAGCACGGGAAGAAUUCCGGCGACCCCACCGUCGUGACGGUGAACUGCCCCGACAAGGCUGGGCUCGGGUGCGACCUUUGUAGAAUCAUCCUCGAAUUCGGCCUCUAUGUUACCCGUGGAGAUAUUUCUACAGAUGGAAAGUGGUGUUAUAUUGUAUUGUGGGUUGUUCCACGCCCAAGCUCAUUGAAAAUUGACUGGGAAAGCUUGAAAAACCGGCUUGUAUCUGUCUGUCCCUCCUGUAUGAUUUACUUUUUCGUUGAACCACAAUCAAGUAGCCCUCCACAUCAUCCCUUGUACCUUCUAAAAGUAUUUUGCCUUGACAAGAAAGGUCUAUUACACGAUGUUACCAAGGUGCUGUGUGAGCUUGAGCUAUCUAUUCAAAGAUUAAAAGUUAUGACAACACCUGAUGGGAAAGUCUUGGAUCUCUUCUUCAUAACGGAUAUGCUGGAUUUAUUACAUACAAAGAUGAGACGGGAUGUCACAUGUGAAUACAUAAGCAAUAUUUUAGGAGAGUAUUGUAUAAGCUGUGAGCUUGAGUUGGCGGGACCAGAAUAUGGAGGCCAGCAGGCAUUCACUUCACUUUCUCAAUCAGUUGCCGACAAAUUAUUUAGUUGUGAAUUGUCUGAGAAGGAACCUCCUGAAGCAAAGGUGAAGAAGGCCAUUGUUGCAGUGGAUAACCUUCUUAGCCCAGCUCAUACAUUACUUAAAAUACAGUGCAUUGACCAAAAGGCCCUCAUCUAUGACAUUUUGAGGACUUCAAAGGAUUGUGACAUUCGGGUUGCCUUUGGAAGAAUCUCAUCCACUGCCAAGGGAUAUCGAACUAUGGAACUAUUUGUACAAACAACUGAUGGGGAAAAAAUAAUAGAUACUGAGAAGCAGGAAGCUUUGUGUUCCCGGUUAAAGGAAGAGAUGCUACACCCAUUACGGGUCAUAAUUACCAGCCGUGGCCCUGAUACAGAAUUAUUGGUUGCAAAUCCUGUUGAAUUAUCUGGGAAGGGGAGACCUCGUGUCUUCCAUGAUGUCACCGUCGCUUUGAAAAAUCUUGAUAUUUGCGUGUUCUCGGCUGAGAUAGGAAGGCAUUCAACAUCAGACAGAGAGUGGGAAGUUUAUAGAUUCCUAUUGGAUGAUAGCCCUAAAUUCCCGUUUGAUAGCAAGCGAGCUCAAAGCGAAAUAGUGGAUGGUGUUAAAAGAACACUGAUGGGCUGGUGAGAAGCAAACUUGAAGCCCCGAUGUGACUGAUAAGGAUUUGGCUUGGUAACCAAACCAAACAAGAUGUAUGAUUUAGUUCACUAUGUUAUCUAUAGAAAGUGAUGUAUUAUAAUGAUGGAGAUAAGAUUAUGAAAGUGUUUACUGUCCAGAUAUUAUCUCUUCCUUGUGUGGUGUGUAAUUCUGUUGUGUGUACAUAAUUCUUUGGUACAAAACUGAAAUAUGAAAGCUUUGCUUUCCAUUGUUCAAAAAUGGUUUUUGACCUUUUCCUCUGUGGGUGUGGUGCAUAUAGAUUGUUUUUGUACUCAAUCCAUGUUUAUAGAUGCCUGCAGGCUGCAGGCGACUCCGAAAAGGCUUACCAUCCGCAGCAGUUCGUGAUGUCAUUUGUUGCUGUCAGGUUAAUGAGAAUUAGGAAGCUCAAGGUUUGUUUGAGUGGUAGUUCUUAUUUUAGCCUUGCUUAGUCCUCUAGUAUACUGAUAGCUCGGGCCUCGGGGAUUGGGCCUGCCUAGCUUUUUAGAACAGAUGAAUUAUGGUGUGUAACUGUAUAUUAACAUUACUAUCCUCUCUUGAACAAGAGUCAUAUUUAUUUAUGAUUUUUUUUCCGGUUUUUGCCAA